UUGAAUCCACCGCCUUAUUCUCCCCAAAUACUGGAUAACCUGGACAAAUUCUCUGUUGGAACUCUUACAGUAAUCGGGCGUGAACUUGUUAGCGAACUUACGUCGAGGACGCAUAGCUUGUGCAUGUCUCUCAAGGCCGUUUCGGAACGAAAACCACCUGUUGCGGGUGAUCCUGAGCAGCUGUUGGAAUAUUGCCAGAUGCUUAUGGAUAAGCUGGUUGAAAUAAGGUUAGUUUGUCCCUAUUAUGAUAAUGAUGCGUGUAGCGCAGUGGUCAGAGGCGCCCUGCAAUACACAUGGAAUCGAUCUUCGCGCCCCAAGAUUACCAAGCUCUUUGCCCCUCCUGGGUCGGCAAAUUGCUACGAGACCUGCCCAAAAGGGUAG